AUGACAAGAGUGAAUGAAAUGAAAGAACUAGUUGAAAAGCAAAAACAAAUUGCUCUUCACACUCCAGUCUAUAUAAUUGGCAAUGAUGGAGCUAUUGCCAGUCUUGAGCCAAUCACACAAAAAUUUUCUGACAUUUUCGAAAAUCCAAAUGCUUUUAAGACUGUUCAUAAUAACGAACAAGAGAUUGAUGUUGCACUUGCCAAGGCAGUUAACAGGACAUUAGUUUUUUAUCUUUUUAAAUCAGAUAGAAUUUAUCAAGAAGCUUGGUUUGAAGAAGGAUUAAAGCAGAAGUUCGAAGAAGAUGGUGGUGUUGAUGUGCAUGCCAUUGAUGUUUGCAAAUCCUUCUUUGAAGAGUUGAAUUAUCUAAAAGAGCUCAAAAUUACAAAAUAUCCAUGUGUAUUAACAUACAGAGCCGGGCAUUUAAUUGAUAUUUUCUAUCCAGAACUACAAAAAGGCAAUAGCGUUGCCGAAAAACUUGUCGAACUCAAAUACGUUCAGCAGAAGAAAUUCCAAGAAAAUUAUGUUAAAUUCGAUGAUAGCGGCAAUGUUUACGAUGCAGAUAAACUCGCUUUCGAAGAAAGAAUGCGCAAGAAACAGGCAGAACAGAUACAAAGGGAAGAAGAAGAGAAGAAACGAUACUUGCUUGAAGUUAAAAGGAAAAUUGAGCAGGAUAAGAAGGAUAGAAGACAAAAGUACGGAAAGAUAUAA